AAGUUUACGAUUAACGUGUUAAUGUAACAUCCUUCAUUUGCAUACUUAAUAAUCUCAACAUAAUUCACAUUUGGAAAUGAAGCUACAUUUAUCUUGAAGAAAAGUUAAAUGUAUGUGUGCGGAAAACGUUUUCGGCAGCCUGGGCAUCUUGUUGGCAGCAGUUGAAGUAUGCAGGUGUGUCACGAGACGUAAAUCUGUCUCCGUCUCCCAGUGCAGAGAAUAUCUUCCACUGCUUGAUAAUUUAGUUCUCUUUGUUUUAAAAGAAAAAAUAAUUUCGGUGUCGAUUUUCACGAAAACAUGAACCGAUUGUUUGGUAAAGGAAAACCUAAGGAGCCACCUCCAAAUAUAAAUGAUUGCAUUGCUGGUGUUGACAGCAGGGCGGAUUCUGUAGAAAAAAAAAUUGCACGUUUAGAUGUUGAAUUGAAGAAAUAUAAGGAUCAAAUGAAGAAAAUGCGGGAGGGACCAGCCAAAAAUGGUGUGAAACAGAAAGCAAUGAGAGUUCUUAAACAAAGAAAGAUGUAUGAACAACAACUUGAUAAUUUGAGACAGCAAUCCUUCAAUAUGGAACAAACCAACUAUGCAACACAGACAUUAAAAGAUACUCAUGCUACUGUGACUGCAAUGAAAGCAGGUGUUAAGCAAAUGCAAAAGGAGUUCAAGAAAAUAAAUAUCGAUGAAAUUGAGGACAUACAAGAUGAGAUGGCUGACAUGUUGGAACAAGCAGAUGAAGUUCAGACAGCUCUAGGUCGUUCUUAUGGCACUCCAGAUAUUGAUGAAGAUGAACUCGAAGCGGAAUUAGAUGCCCUUGGAGAUGAAAUUGGACUGGAUGAUGACACUACAUAUUUAGAUGAUGCAAUCACCGCUCCUAGUGCACCAGACAAAGAACCUGGAGCUGAGGCCAAUAGAAAUAAGGAUGGUGUGCUUGUUGAUGAGUUUGGACUACCUCAAAUACCAGCAUCGCCUCUUACUUAAAUCUUCAGCACAACGAACUUUGUAAAUGUUCAACAUCAGUGAUGGUUUAUUGUUUGAAAGAACAAGAUUUAGUGUUGUGGAUAUUCUGUAAGUAUGCAAAGGAUUCCAGAAGAAGGAAAAGAAGAGAUCUCUGAGAUAUGAAUGUUAGCAAAUGAGCCAAGAAGCUAGUAUCAUUUCUUAAAAGUUCUUAUAAAGUAUUCAGUACUGAUCAAUACUGCUGUUCAUCAGAUUUGUUUGUGACUGUUUUUUUAAAAAUUCCUGAACUUAUUUAGCUCCUUCAUUACUUCUGAAAUUAAUUUUAGUUCUUAAGCUUUUUGAGAAUUGAGAUUUUUGUGGAGAAAUCUUCAAAGCUCUUAAAAAUGAGAAAUAUUUUUACAUGUAUUUUUUUAUAUUUCUUAGAAAAAUAUUGCAGUAAAUGAGCGAAAGGCAUCUUGCAUUGUUUGAUAAAUGAAAUACUUAGUCUGCACAAAGAAGGUUUUAAAAUAAGAAACCUUAAAGGGAUAUUAACUCGUAUAAUUCAAUGAUGUCGUAGACUUCCAUAUGUCGUAUGCUGUCAUAUAAUUCAACUAUUAAUUAUCUUAAGUGUGUAACUUCAACCCUUGUUGUAAAAUUUAUUGUACAAAUAGUUCUUGUUACGUUAAUUUCUUUUAUGUGGAAGAUACGAGUAACCCAAAUUAAGUAUUAAGGAUGGAAUUUGUUAUAACUGCAGGUUUUGUUACCAUUCAACUUCAUUGCUCUUUAUUGUGAUGUUCAUUGAAAAAAAAUAUAAAUUUCAAUAUUUUUUGGAAUUACAAGAAGAGGAAUCGGGAAUGUUUGCAGUUGUUGUUUAGGUAAUUGACAGAGUAUUUCAAAAGACAUCCGAUCAAAUGAUUUUAGAAAAAUUGUUUGUAUAUCUGAUAGCUCUGUUUGUAUUCUAUUUAAAACUCAUUGCCUUUAACUGCACAAAAUUUAUUUUCAAAAAUAUCAGUGCAAAUUUUAUUUGUUUUGUCAGUGUUCCAAUUUUUGUUGCUGCAGUAUUCUCUACCUCAUUCUUAAAUCUCACAGUACCCAUAGGGAAAUUAUCUGAUUCAAGAAAUACAACAACUCUCACAUGCUGUGAAUAAGAAAUACACUUUUUGGUUGAUCUGUCUUACACUUAUUAUAAGGGUCUUAGAGCUUAAUGAAAAUAUUGUAGUGUGUCCAUUACCUUGCAAAUUGUCACAUACAGUCCUGAAUUAAAUUAAUAAUUUUAUUAGCAGCAUGUGAAAAAGCAGCUCUGCCAGUGAAAUUCUGCUUUAAGAACUAUUGCUUCAUCCAUUUUGGAUUAUGUACAUUAUGCUAAAUAUUUAAUAACUCACUUCUUUACCCCUCUCAUUUGAAACUCAAUGUUUCUUCCGAAUUCAAGUUCUGUUGUAUCAGGGGAACUUGUAUUGAAAGUAAAAAUUGAGUCUUUAUUUUAGUUGUGUUUUUAUCUUUACAUCAUCCACUACUCCAGGGCACUAGUGUUGCAAUUCUGUGGAACAUAUUUUGAAUCCUUAUUUCAUCUUGCAAAAAUUUUAUUCACUGAUGAUUAAUGGAUAGUAUCUUGCCCCUCAGCAAACCCUACAUUUAUCUUGUUAUAAUCUAUUGUAUAUUUCCAUUUGAUAACAAAAUAUUGUAUUAUAAGAAACUUUUUGUUUUGUUUUUACAUAUGUAAUAUUAAAAAAUAAAUGCUAUAAUAUUGAAGAGUUAUAAUUAAAAAAAAAUUGUUGACUCCUGGGUAAAUGAAAUUUUUUUAUAGUUUAGUACGAAAUAACACUGAGUACUCUCAUUUUGAUUAUGAUGUGUUUUAUUCCAAUCUUAUUAAAAUGAAUUAAAAUCUUUUACUUUACCUCUUGAGUUUCACAAACUUUCUUUGGACUUAGGAGCUUUUCUACUGGUGUGUGUGUUGCAGCCUAUCCAUCAGUUUGUGAUUUCAAAACAUGAUGAAACACCUUAGUAUUUGCUGUAUUCUUUCAUUGUGCAUGUGCAUGAAACUACACAGGCAUGUGCAGCCUAAAACAAGAGGGGGUGACUAUGUUUCUCAACCCCCUUUCCCAUUUUUUUACUUAUGUC